CAGAUUUAUUUUCAAAUACCUUGAUACCGCCGAUACCAUACCAAUUUAAUUUCGGCAACACUGCUUACUAAAAAUUUGACAGUUUGACAGCCAUUCCCUAGAAUAACUCUUUCCGGUUCGGUACCAAUAACGUUGGAACCAUGAAGACCAUUAACUCAAACCAAUGCGUUAAGAUUCCAAAAGGCAUCGAGGCUACAGUAAAGUCGCGAGUCGUGACAAUAAAAGGGCCCCGUGGAGUUCUCAAGCGAAACUUCAAACAUUUAGCCGUCGACAUUCACAUGGUCAACAAGAAGACUUUGAAGGUUGAAAAAUGGUUCGGCAAAAAGAAACAGUUGGCUGCCGUUCGCACAGUGUGCUCACACAUUGAAAACAUGAUUCGGGGAGUCACAAAAGGAUUUUUGUACAAAAUGCGUGCUGUAUAUGCCCAUUUCCCCAUCAAUUGUGUCACCUCCGAGAGUAACACCGUCAUCGAAAUCCGUAAUUUCUUGGGCGAGAAAUACAUUCGGCGAGUAGUGAUGGCACCUGGUGUGACCGUUGUCAACUCGACCAAGCAAAAGGACGAACUGAUCAUCGAAGGCAACGACAUUGAAGCCGUAUCGGGAUCAGCAGCCCUUAUUCAACAGUCAACGACAGUCAAGAACAAGGAUAUCCGUAAAUUCUUGGACGGUCUCUAUGUGUCCGAAAAGACAUCUGUUGUACAAGAUGAAUAAGAAAAUUGAAGAUUAAAAUUUUGGAAAGAGA